AUGGCUUCUAGGAAGUUCUUUGCAUCAAUUACUGCAGAAGAAGACAAACCCUUUGAUUUUCUCCGUGCUCUAUACGAGGGUAGUAUAGCAGGAGCUGCUGCUGGUGUCAUUGCGGAAGCAGUGUUAUAUCCAAUUGAUACGAUAAAAACUCGAUUGGAGCUUCUUGUGAGAGUGAGAUUUCUCAUCUUAAUAUAUUUGGGAGGUGGUGGUUUCUCAGGGGCUUAUGCUGUACGUGUAGGUGUGUACGAGCCUCCAAAGCAGACACUAUUAACUUCAUUGCCUGAGAAGUUUAGUGCUUUAGCACAUCUGGUAUGUUUUCAUAAAAGUUUAGACACUAUUUGCUCCAUGCAGACUGCAGGUAUUAUUGGGGGUGCUGCUUCUUCUCUCAUCCGUGUGCCUACAAAGGUUGUUAAGCAAAGGAUGCAAACUGGGCAGUUUGCUUCAGCACCAAAUGCUGUUCGUCUAAUUAUAGCGAAAGAGGGAUUUAAAGGUCUUUAUGCUGGCUACGGAUCAUUCUUAUUGCGAGAUUUGCCAUUCGACGCCAUUCAAUUCUGCAUGUAUGAGCAACUGCGGAUAGGAUAUAAGAUAGCGGCACGAAGAGAGCUGAACGAUCUUGAAACUGCCAUGAUUGGCGCAUUUGCUGGUGCGAUCACUGGAGCUAUAACCACUCCUCUUGAUGUUAUAAAAACCCGAGUAAUGGUUCAGGGGUCAACAAAACAAUAUAAGGGAAUCUGCGAUUGUGUUGGGAGUAUAAUGAGAGAAGAAGGCAGUCACAUUUUUUUCAAGGGUACUGCCCUAAGAGUGCUUUGUAUUGGUAUCGGAGGCUCGAUUUUCUUCGGUGUUCUUGAAAGGACAAAGCAAUUGAUGGCAAAAAGGCGUCCCAUUGACAUGAAGAAAUCUUCUUUCUUGGAGCAAGAUUCCAAACUUUAGCUGCUAAUUCUAUAUCAAGUUCUGUAAGCUUUACAUUAGUAGUUUUCAUUUAUUUUUGAUUUGGAACUGAAAUCUUGA